UCACACUUGAAAACCAGGGCGCGAAAGCUGCGCAAUCUCCCGCGCCAUCGCGACCAAACUCCUCUCCCCUCCCUCUCUCUUCCCUUUAUUUCUCGGCCUCACAGUUCUCACUCUCUCCUCCCCUCCCUCUCUCUCUCUCUCUCUCUCUCCCUCUUUGUUUUUGUCUUUCAGUCAGUCUUUUCUCUACCGUUUCAGUAUGCACCGCCAGUCCCAUCUUUCGCCUUCCGACGCCGCCUCCCCCAUUCCUUUUAUGGACUUUAAGAACUCUAAGAAGAACCGCGGUAGCUAUAAUUGCGGUCGAUGUGGCCUUCCCAAGAAAGGCCACACAUGCCACAUCGGUACCCCGUCCAACUCCGCUACCACCACCAUGGCUACGCCAACUGACUCCUCCACCGCUAUUACAUCCUCCGCUUCUUCCGUCCGACCGCCGCCGGUGCCCCCGCGCCACACAUACUCUAACCUCCGUCGGGCGCUGUCAUUUGACGAUAUCGACUUCCAGUGUGAAUCUCCGACGCCGGAAAUCGAUGAGUACAUGAUCUCGAUCCAGGAAACCGAGCAGGAUCUGUCGAGAUUGGGCGGGUUACCGAGGAACUGCGUGUGGGAAGUUUUGAGGAGGCUUCCUCCGGCGGAGCUGUCGUCGGCGGCGAGGGUUUGCAAGGGGUGGAGGGAGACGGUUAGGAAGCUGUGGAGAGCGGCGGAGGAACUCAAGCUUAGGGUUCCUGCCAGAGCUCACCUAGGAUUCGCUGGAUCGGUGUUGCAGAAGUGUCCAAACCUUGUUAAGCUUACACUUAGAAUGGAAAGUGAUGUGGAUGCAACAAUGUUGGCUUGCAUUGCGUUCUCUUGCCCAAAUUUGGAGUUUAUGGAGAUCUCUACUGCUCUUCAUUCGGUCAACCGGAUCACUGGAGAUGAACUGGGGCGUUUUGUUGUUGAUAAGCGUUGUCUUACAAGCCUUAAGAUGGAAGGGUGUACUAACUUAGGGGGUUUUGUCCUCUGUUCAUCAAGUCUUUCUACACUUUGGCUUGCGGAUCUUCAUUCUCUUGCUAAGACGGUUUUUAACUGCCCUAAUUUGAAGGAGGUUUCUCUAGAUUUUUCUCGCCAAGAAAAUGAUAGUACUGAUCUUAUUACGAUGGUUGAUGGUUUGGGAAGGACAUGCCCAAGGUUGCAAAAGAUACACAUUGCGUCAGUUCGGCUUUCUCACGCUGUUGUACUUGCUCUUACAGCUGCAAACCUAAGGUGGUUGCAAAUGCUUUCACUUAUUCUUGGAUCUGAAAUCACUGAUGCAUCUGUUGCUGCCAUUGCUUCAAGCUAUUCAAAAUUGGAAUUGCUUGAUCUGAGUGGGUCAAGUGUCAGUGACAGUGGCAUUGGGAUGAUCUGCAAUGUGUUCCCCUCAACAUUGUCAAGACUACUUAUUGCUCUUUGUCCAAACAUCACAUCAAGUGGCAUUCAAUUUGCUUCCGCUCAGCUGCCCCUUCUUGAAAUCAUGGACUGUGGAAUGACUGUAUCCAAUCCAAACUCUCAGUGUUCCUCGACUGAAGAAAGCAAUGAUUCUGAGUUGCAGUUAUCAUUUAACAAACAGCCACAGCUUAUGUACCAGAAACUCAUCAUCAAACAUGGCCGGUUAAAAAAGCUCAGCUUAUGGGGUUGUUCUGGCUUAGAUGCUCUAUAUUUGAACUGCCCAGAACUCAACGAUCUGAAUCUAAACUCCUGUACUAACUUGCAUCCUGAGAGAUUGCUCCUUCAGUGCCCCAGUUUAGAGAGUGUGCAUGCAUCAGGGUGUCAAGAUUCCUUGAUUCUUGCCAUUCAUAGCCAGGUCAGAAAUAGUUUUGACUUGGAAAACCAAUUUCCAUGUAAACGUCUCGCUGAUGGUUCAAAGAGGGUUCAAGUUCCGCAUUUUCUUUGUCAGCAGACUUUCGAUGAUAAUAAGAGAAGAAAGAUGGAAACUCAUCACUGUAAUGUGCUUGUGGACUGAUCAGAUGACACCAUUCUGUAUCUUUUCGUGUAAAUUCCCAAAGGCUUUGUGCCUUGAGGAUUCAAAAUACAUGUACUUGCCAUAGGCUUUACCUCAGUAUCAGCCAAUUGUUGUUCAAGCAAAAGACAGAAGAAAGAUGGCAAAUGUUGUUUUAGUUCAUUGCAAAAGCAAAUACUGUCAUAAACUAUGGACUUUGAAGUCCCGACUAACUAUUCUUUUCUUGAAUAAAAGGUUAAUGUCUUAUGCAAUUUCUAUCCAA